AACACUAUCUUCAUACUACAAACAAACCAGCACCAACUAAAACAUUAGAGUCAAAACCACACAACAGUUGUUUUCCUCUCUUUCCAUCACUUUCUCGGGAAAAUGUCAGCCUGCGGCAAAAUCCGCUACAUUGUGAGACUCCGCCAAAUGCUGCGGCGGUGGCGGAACAAGGCAGCAAAGGUUGCCCGUCGAUUACCGUCCGAUGUACCAGCAGGCCACGUGGCAGUGUGCGUGGGCACCAGUUGUAGAAGAUUCAUUGUGCGCGCGACGUACCUGAACCACCCGGUCUUCAAGAAACUAUUGGCGUUGGCUGAAGAAGAGUACGGGUUCAACCACACAGGCCCAUUGGUCAUCCCUUGCGACGAGUCACUCUUCGAAGAGAUCCUCCGGUUCUUGACCCGGCCCGAGUCCAAAAACUCGGCCCGCUUCACGAAUCUCGAGGACUUCCAGAGGUUCUGCCACGUGGGUAUCAGGAGUAACCUUGAUUUCUGGCCCGAAUCACGACCUCUCCUUAAUGGGUUUGCCGAUAAAUCCUCCACUUGGUGAGAAAAAGCUAAUGAAAUGAACAAGGCUCUGAUUUUGAUCCGGGUUGACUCGUCCGAGUUAGUUCGACUGCACAAAGAAGAAACGGUGAGUCUAAUUCAUUUAUUAGUUGGUGAUUAAUUAAUGGGGUACUGAGUCACAGUACUGAGCUGACUCUGGAGAAUGUGAAAUGGAGAUGGCAAAUCGCGGGCGAGUUUCCACCGUGUUGUCGUCCCGGGUUGAAUCGGAGUGGAGUCGCAUCUGAGCUAGAGACAUUGUCAUUAUUUCAUUUGCAACGGGGAAAAUAAAAGAAGUGACUUGGGUCACUUGUGUAAAUUUUGUGAUUUAUCGACUGUUUAAUUGCAAUUGUAGAGAAAUUUAUUUGACCAUAAAUAAUUUGAAAGUUGAAUGUAUAUUUAUAAA